GACACGAGACAACGCUGAUCUUCUGUCGGAGCAGAUCGAGACAAGAAGUAUUGUGUUCAAUGCUCGAGACCAGAGCAGAGGAAAACGACUCGGAGAAACAUUCCGCUGGACGUUUGAGGAGUAAUGAUAAACCUGUUAUUAGCGGUUAGUUAAGAUUGAUGUAACCUGCCUCUGAACAGUCACAGUUGGAAGAGACGCGUCUGCUGCCGUCUCCUGUCAAAGGGGGUAAGAUAUGUAUAAGAUGAGCCUGUUUGGGGUCGUGCAAAGAGUAUAAAUGCACAUUGAUGAGCAAAGAGAGACAGGCUGGCGAAGGCGAAAGAGGUGGAUGUUUUGAGGGUCGCUGAGGAUCUUGUGCUGGAGAUGUCUCUGUGGAUGAUCUUACCUGUCAGCCUCCCAGCUCUCACCAUCACUGGAAUAUGGGUUGUGUAUGCUAUGGCCUUGUACAACCAGCAUGUCUGUCCUGUGGACAAUUGGAUGUAUAACCAGUCAUGUGAGAUGGAUCUGCCCUUGCAGACGGGACCAACGCUAUGCUGUACUCUGGACAAUGUUCCCCUCAUAAGUAAAUGUGGCACACUUCCUCCAGAGAGCUGCUUCUUCAGUCUCAUCUGCAGCACUGGAUCCUUCAUGGUGAUGGUGAUUGUGUUCCUGCGUUAUGCCCAUGUGAUAGAGAAACACCAAAACUGUGUACUAAACACAGCAAGUCUCUCCACUGGCUGGAUCUGUGCUGCAGGACUCAUCAUGGUGGGCAACUUCCAGGUGGAUAAUGCUAAGGUUCUUCACUAUGUUGGUGCAGGAGUGGCCUUCCCCACCAGUAUGCUGUUUGUGUGUCUGCAGUCUGCGCUGACCUACCGCCUGGCCAAGACUCAGGGAGAAUACAAUAUUGGUCACUUGCGCCUGUUUAUGACCCUGCUGGCAUUUGUAGCCCUGGUGCUUAGCGGGGUGUUUUUUGUCCAGGAGAGUUUUGUCCUGCAGCAUGCAUCAGCCAUUUUUGAGUGGGUCUUCUGUGUCAUUAUCAUGCUGUUCUACGGCACAUUUGCUUUUGAAUUCGCUGGGAUAUCCAGUGACACAAUGAUGGUGCUGGCCCGAGGGCAAUCUCUACAGACCGCAAGCCGAGACCACAAAAUGGAGUCGCUUAGUGGAACCAAUCAGCACCAGCCUGAGAGCCUGUCCAUACUCUAACCUCAGUGUCCAAUAUCUGCUAAUCUCUCUCCUUACACUAGAACUACAGAGGGAACAUAACAGAAAGUGGACCCUGGCUCUCAUACAACCAACUUACCCUUGCCAAAGAAUCCAGCUCAGAUUUUGCACAUUUUUGAGAGACCAAAUCUAUGCCCUCUGUCCAUCCUUCUUUAUUCUCUGGGGACCUUUGAAUCCAACAGCUUCCAUGCUGAAAAAAGGGAAGUACUGACUGGAUGUGUUGGAGAUUACGUUAGAUCUCAUCUGGAUUUUGAAAGCAUCUGUGGAUAAAAGCAAAUACAGUCUGCUAGUUGGCAGCUAUCCGCGUCCAUAGGGAAAGCUGGAAGAGCAGGUUUGCGUCAAUGACGAAGUUUCAAAGCCUUCUGCAAUCAACAUUAUAUUCAAGCAUUUAAGCAAAAUGCAUCAAAAUAGUGCCAAUUCCAGACAUUGCAAGACAAUGAAUAUAAAAUGCUGAUUUUAUCUUUGCCUUUUGUUUGUUUUUUCAAAGGCAUUUUUCUUUUCACGUAUCUCUCUCUCUUCUAGUUAAAUGAUCAGGUUGAUUUAUUUUGCCUUAAUCGCAGGAUGGUGUCUAAAACAUCACUACCAGUGUGCCUUGAAAUAAAGAACCAAAUACAGCUAUUUAAUAGAGCUAGACAUAUAUGUUGAAAGUCAUACAUGUCAGAAAACUGUCCAAACCUAAAAUAUGUAUGUAUUUUAUUAUAUUCGGUUUAUAUUAAUGUUGAUUCUAAGCUGAAUGAUAUCAGCAAAAACCUCACGCAAAACAGGCGCAUAAGCUUUUCACAUCAGGUCGCCAGUAAAUGGUGGCUUUCCAGAAGUUAUGAGCGUUGCAGUACGUUGUUACCAAAUGUAAUUGAGUAGAGAAGAGAGCUAUUUUGUCCUGAGGAAAAUGUGAUUAGGGUUCCCUCUCGCUGUCCCUGUGGGAAUUGUCACAUGUUGUUGAGGUGAGAGAGUUCAUGCGAGAUGGUUCCAAGGAAGCAUCUUCUGAAUUUUCUCAAAAACAUCCCUUUAAGAGAGAAUAGAUUGGCGCUGCCCCUGGUAAAUAGUUUGAUAUGUGUUCACAGUUUUAGGCCUCUGUGGAAUUUUAUUUUACUUGGGAAAAAUGCAGCCGGACUGCAAGGUUGUAAUUGAUAAAGCAUUUUUUGGCUUGUUCUAAAAACAAGCUUGUUAUACAUUGGCUAAAUUGUGACAUCAGUAAUUAUAUUGCUCCUCAUUAGAAAGGGAGUUUGUGUAAUUUAUUCUGUUAGGAUGAGGACCAUGAUUGUAUUGCCUUAUAUGCUACCAGCGCCAUCCUGAAAACACAUUCCAUGUCAUGUUAGUUUACUAGUUAUUACUAAUUCUCUGCACUCAGGAAUGUCAGAUAAGUCUUUCUCUUGUUGUCCCACAACAUUUUAAAGUUAUUCUAGAAGUCUAUAUUGAUAAACCUGAGUUGACUGAAUGUUUUACAAUGCCUACAGUUCCUUUCCCUGCUGGCAUGCUGGCAGACAAACUUAAACCAGCAAUUGAAAUGUAACAUCAAUAAAAUACUUUUUUUUUUUUUUUUUUUGGCUGAAGACUGGGUGAAACCUUUUCAUUUGAUCUAAUCUGUUUAAACACAUUGUGUACCUCAGAAAUGUUAUUUUGGACUUUGCUGAUAAUACAGCUCAAAUAAUCAAAUUGCUGCAUUACCCUUUGCCUAGGUUUGUGCUCCUCUGUGUUUUAUCUACCAGUUUACUUAAACCUCCAUCAGAGCUGUUGCUCAAACCUGGACUCUGACGGUUUGUUCGUACUGCAAACAGAGAAAUGACUAAAUCAAACCCAUGGCAAGUACAAAUAGUUGUAGAACCUACCGCUGUACAUACCUGCUGUAGUCAUUCAACAAGGCUGUGCCACACGUCAGCAUUUAAUGACACAGCAAACAGUACCUUCGUUUCAAUUAAACCAAAGAUUUAAUCAGUUAUUGGAGAAAUGUUUUGUUUAUUUGGCAGGAUAUGUUUGAUUGUACUGUAUAUUUGCCUUAACUAAAAACAUAUGGAAAUAAAGCAGAAUCAGACAUUACUCUCUUAUACUUUCUGUCAAACAUUUUACCUCACCUCAUGUUGUUUGAAACCUUGAAAUCUUCAAAACAAACAGAAUUUAGCAAUGUUACAAAGGUAAAUUAAGUAAUCUAAAUAAUGUGGAAUAAUUGUAAAAAAAAAACCCAUAAAAGUAGUCCAUACACGACUUACAUACGCGUUAUAUAAUAAAGUGUAUUGAAACCUUACGAUAGGUUUGCGUGAAGAAAAGACCAAAUUUCAUUGAUAAUCUAACUCUUCAUAGACCUGUUAACAGCUGCAACCAGUUCAUUAAGUCAGUUAAACUUGGAUCAGUUUAUGUGAACGAAUCAUACAAACUUGUCGUUCACACAUUCACAAAUCAGACACUGUUAAUUCUCUCGUGAACUCUUAUGAACGUGGAAAAAUUUCUUCUUUUGUGUUCUACAGAAGAAAGUCAUAUGGGUUUGGAAUGACAUGAGGUGGAGUAAUGAUAACUGGUCUAAUUGCAUGGUAUGGAAAAGCAGCUUGGACAUAAAACAUCUGCUUUUGUGUUUGGAAUGACAUGAGGGUGAGUAAAUUGUUACAGAACUGUCUUUUGUUCCCCCAGUGAAUUAUUGCUUUAAAUGUCAUUGCAGCACCUCUCAAAUUCAAGUCAUUUCAGAUCCUGUAAGUGGACACCAUGUCCUUUCAUUUGGAGUUACGAGGCAAAUACCAACACAAUGAAUUUGAGUAUUCUUGUUUGACUUACUAGAUAGUGUUCUAGUAAACUAUGUGACCUAUUGCAAAGUGUGAUUAAUCAAUCUAUUCUUUGCACAUUAUCACUUAAGUCAGCAACUUGGUGGAAUUACUGGAUAAUAGUCCUUCCUGAAAAAAUGCAUAAUGAGACCACACAAAUAUGAAGAAUUUUCCAUACUUUAAUUAUUCACAAUUAUUUACAUAUCAGAUCUUAAAUUCUAUGACAAAAGUUGACAAUCUGAAAGGAAAGGGUAAGAAUGGUAAGAAUAAGGUUGGUUUCAAUGUUUGUAAGGAUUAAUGCCUCUGUUGAACACAUAGAAGUUAAAAAUUAAAAGUAAUAUUACACAGUGGCUUUCACACAGACACACAUGUUGGUGCGGCUAUCCUUAUGAGGACUCUCCAUAGACAUAAUGAUUUUUAUGCUGUACGAACUAUAGAUUCUGUCCCCUAACCCUAACCCUAAACCUAAC